AUGUUGAAAGCACGUACUGUCAAGCCUAACCAACUGAGACUAAAUGCGUUGAGGGCAAAAGUUCCUAGGAUACUGUUGGCCUCAUCGCUAUCGACAUUGAGUCUUCGGACAAGCUCCAACACAUUAGCUGUUAGACCGGUUCAACCGAAGAUUCCCUUUGCCAGACAUAAUGUGAAUCAUUUACGACUAAGAACUCCGAUGUCCAUUAGGUUUGCCAGUAGCGGCGGCCCACAAAUAAAUAUGAAUGGACAGCAGGAGGAAGAAUUGCCUGCUCUACAAAAAUAUGGUGUCAAUUUGACUCAAUUGGCCAAAGAUGGAAAGCUUGAUCCUGUUAUCGGGAGGGAUGAAGAGAUUCGUCGUACGAUUCAAAUUUUGUCUCGUAGGACUAAGAACAACCCAGCUUUGAUAGGAAAUGCUGGUACAGGUAAAACUGCCAUCAUGGAAGGACUUGCUCAGAGAAUUAUCAAAGGAGAGGUCCCUGAAAGUAUGAAGGAUAAAGAAGUUGUCGCCCUUGAUCUUGGAUCAUUGAUUUCAGGUGCCAAGUUUAGAGGUGAAUUUGAAGAGCGUUUGAAAGCUGUAUUGAAAGAGCUGGACGAGGCCCAUGGCAACAUUAUCCUGUUUAUCGACGAACUACACAUACUAUUGGGGCUAGGUAAAGCAGAAGGUUCAAUUGAUGCAUCAAACUUGUUGAAACCCGCUCUGGCUAGAGGCCAAUUGCAAUGUUGUGGAGCAACAACAAUUGAGGAAUACAGAAAAUACAUUGAAAAAGAUGCUGCAUUAGCAAGAAGAUUCCAAAGUGUUUUGGUUAAUGAGCCAUCCGUACAAGAUGCUAUUAGCAUACUAAGAGGAUUGAAAGAAAAAUAUGAGAUUCAUCAUGGUGUUCGUAUAACUGACUCGGCACUGGUCACCGCCGCCGUGUAUUCUAAUCGUUAUAUCACAGACAGAUUCUUGCCUGAUAAGGCCAUUGAUUUAGUUGAUGAAGCAUGCUCCGCCUUGCGUUUACAACAUGAGUCUAAGCCCGAUGUUAUCCAACAAUUGGAUCGCCAAAUCAUGACCAUCCAGAUUGAAUUGGAAUCUUUGAGAAAAGAAACUGACCCGAUUUCCGUAGAAAGAAGAGAUAAGCUAGAUGAACAGCUGAAACUUAAAAAGGAAGAACUGGAAAGGUUGACUCAGGUCUGGGAAGAUGAAAAGAAUAGCUUGGAGAAGAUCAAGACUGCCAAGGAAGAACUCGAACAAUCGAAACUAGAGUUAGAAAGGGCACAAAGGGAAGGUGAUUUUGGAAAGGCAUCCAUGCUAAGGUAUUCCAAGAUUCCAGAACUUGAGCAAAAAGUUUCUGCUACUGCUCAAAGAGUCAAAGAAGGAGAGUCUGAAACGACCACCAAUUUACUUCAUGAAUCAGUUACUUCAGAUGACAUUGCUUGGGUUGUUUCAAAAAUGACGGGUGUUCCGGUUCAAUCAUUGAUGAAAGGUGAGAAGGACAAGCUGUUAUACAUGGAGGAAUCCAUCAAGUCUAGAGUUAUAGGUCAGGAUGAAGCAAUUCAUUCAGUUGCCGAUGCAGUCAGACUUCAAAGAGCUGGUCUUACAAACGAAAAAAGACCUAUUGCAAGCUUUAUGUUUUUGGGUCCUACUGGUACUGGUAAGACUGAACUCACUAAGUCCCUGGCAGAAUUUUUAUUCAACGACGAGAAUGCUGUGGUGAGGUUUGACAUGUCUGAAUUUCAGGAGAGACACUCUUUGUCGAGACUGAUAGGAGCUCCACCUUCAUACGUAGGUUUUGAAGAAGGAGGUGAACUAACAGAAGCUGUCAGACGUAAACCAUAUGCAGUUGUCUUAUUUGAUGAAUUUGAAAAGGCACAUCGGGACAUUUCCAAACUGAUGCUUCAGAUUCUCGAUGAAGGUAACUUGACAGAUUCUCAGGGACACAAGAUUGACUUUAAAAAUACUAUCAUUAUCAUGACAUCCAAUCUUGGCCAAGAUUUAUUAUUGGCUGACACAGAACUUGAAAAUGUCGGUGGAAAAGUUAGUGAGAAGACUAAGAAUGAAGUCAUACAGGUAAUGAAACAGAACUACCCACCUGAGUUUAUCAAUAGACUGGAUGACGUUUUGGUCUUCAAUAGACUCUCGAGAGAGUCCUUGAGAAAGAUUGUUGACAUCAGAUUGAGUGAAGUCCAAGACAGAUUGGUUGAUAGAAGAAUUGAGCUCAAGCUCACAGACGCUGCCAAGGAAUGGCUCACAGAGAAGGGAUAUGACCCAUUGUAUGGUGCUAGACCUUUGAACAGAGUCAUUAAGAAGCAGCUGCUGAACCCUCUUUCCAUUAGAUUGAUUCAAGGAGAGAUUACCAAUAACUCAACUGUCAAGGUUGACCUUGUUGAUGGUGAUUUACAGAUCACAAGUGAGAAGAAUGAAGCUGAGGCAGAGACUGUCCGUAAGGAGGAUGGCGAUGAGCCUGCUGAAUAUGAAAUUAUUAAGGACUAA